AUGGAAGAUUCUCAGAACAACCGUCAGCGGAUUUUACGCCGCCACCGGCGUGAAAGAAAAGAACUACAAGAUCAGAUCUGCGCCAUGAAGAACACAGUCCCAAAAACUGACAGAAAGAGACGAAAGCAGAUGCUCCAGGAUGUGGCUCGCCUUGAGGCCGAGUUGGAACAGCGGCACCAACAAGAGUUGGAGAAGUUUCUACCGCCUGAGGACCAAGACGUCGAGUCUGUCACCAAAAAUCUGGCCAAAAUCAAUCUAGAAAACCAACCUCCUCGUGUUUGCCGAGCAGAAAAAAGAAGGGAAAGAAAAGCGGCCCUCAGAAAAGAACGCCAAGAGAGGGUCGACGAGAGUGAGACUGAACAUUUGUCCAAUUACCGUCGUCAGGAAGAAGAAAAGGUCGCAGCCAUCCUCGGGGCCAAAAAUCUGGCCAUGAAGGAUAUCCCAGCCGAUGGCCACUGUAUGUUCCGGGCCAUUCAAGAUCAACUGCCGUUCCCAGUCACCAUCGAUAGCUUGCGCCGCCGUACUGCUGAUUACAUGCAGAAGCACGUCGAUGAUUUCUUGCCUUUCUUUACUGAUGCAGAGCCUGGCGACGGUUACACCCACGAUGACUUCAAGACCUACUGCGACAACAUCGUGAGGGGCUCAUGGGGAGGCCAGCUGGAGCUGACGGCGCUGUCUCACAUCCUGCAGACCCCCAUCGAAGUAGUUCAGGCAGAGUCCCCCAUCAUCAUGAUUGGAGAGGAGUACAACAAGAAGCCACUCACUUUGGUGUACCUGCACCACGCCUGCAGCUUCGGUGAGCAUUACAACUCCGUCAAGCCGCUCGAAGCCGGCGCUGUGGGCGGAAUUGCCCCACGCCUCUACUAG